AUGGCAAACAAUGGCAGAGCGCGCAAGGUUCCCGAACAAAGGGAUCCGUCGAGAAGACAGUUGCGCUCCACAAACGGAGUGCGUCCUCUGCCUGAAGCAAACGCGUCAAGUCAGCCUGCAUCCAUCUUUGCUAGUCCCACGCCCUCUCCACGUCCAGAAGCCGCGACUACCUCAUCGAAUCCUUUCCAGCCUACCACUCAUUCCUUCUUUGCACCCGAAGAGGCGACAUCACAGACUGCUACAGCCCAAACACAAGACGGCCAAGAUUCAAAUCCAGCCGACUCGUACGAACGAGAUCUUGCUUUCGCGUUACAGUACGAUUGGUUCGGUGAAGACGAUUCGGACUCGUUGGGAGAGGAGGAUUUUGACCAUCCUGCAACUAUUCCCCGUCUUCACUCGUCGCACAGUCGCCCUGAAGACCACGACUUCGAAAACGCGCGAACCGCCUCAUCAGGCAUGCACUUUGUCAGGAGAAGACCUCGAACAGAUCUACCUGCGCCCUACCACGUGUAUCGCGGCCUUACGGAACUCAAUGCUCGGAAACGAUCACUCGACAUAUACGAGGGUGUCGACGAGAUGGAUGUUACACACUCCUUGCAAUGCAAGGGUGCCACUGCCGUCAUGCUGUACAACAGUGUCAGCCCAAAUCCCAACGCGAACGACAUCUGGCCCGAAUGCCGCAGCUCAGCAAAACUACCCGCCAAAUAUUUCUUACUAGACCAGAAUAGACAACCUCAGAAUAAACAACCUGCAUCCGACUUGAAAUCAAUGCCUCGUUCAUCCAAAAAGAAUGGUAAGAAAGCAGCAAAGGCAGCAAAGGCUCAGCCAGAUAAAGGGUCGCAGGACCUUCUUCCUGAUGCCCCAGUUUAUCGCCCCGAAUGGAAACUGCCUGUGGAAUUAGUAGAGUUCAUCGCGGAACACCUUGACCGUGACGACAUCAAAGCACUGCGGCUUGUAAGCCGCGAGCUGAACCAAUAUGUCUCGCAGGUCAUCUUCCAGACAGUCGUCGUUCCCUUCAACACCGAGAUAUACGGUAUGCUGGGACAAGAAACAAAGCCUGACCUCAAGGGCAAAAAGCGAGCAAGAAUAGAUAAUCCUAGCUAUUCGUGGAAGAAUGCAAACGGAGACGAAGUGUAUAAUGGCCACGGCCUUGAUGUUUUCCGCGGCUUUGGUGGACACAUCAGGAAGUUUGGUAUGAGUUUCGAAGUCAGUGAAGACUCACUCUCCAUGCCGCCGGUCAAGUCACUCACAGAGAGAAAGACGAGCUUCUGGGGAAGUUACGAUUGGCCUUACGAACGAUAUCGCCGCUUUGCUGCUGUCGCCGGCCUUGAGACUGCCGCUGACGAAACACCACGAAUGAAGACAGCAUUCUCCGAGCUCACCAAAGUCAAAGAACUAGCAUUGUCCCUUGACAGUGGCCUAGGGUGGCUAAACGGCCCAGACAGAUCCAUUCGGGCACGUGUGUUGCAUAGACCUCCCCAAGUGUUUGGCACAACCAAAGCUGUUCCAGAUCGCAGAGCGCAAGCUCAGCAGGAACUCUGGAAACACAUUGAAGCAUGUCAUCAGAACGAUGCCAGCGAAGUCAAGCUGGCUAUGUUGUACAGGAUUGACGGACAACCCGCUCUUUCCAAGCUGAAAGAAGCCAACAAGCUAGCAGACGUGCAACCGCAAAUGCCCUAUCUGGAUCCUCAGCUUUUACGCGCAGCAAUUCCUUUUGAUGCUGCUAACAUCCCUGUUCCCCCUAGCUUUGAUGACCCAUAUGUCCUUGACCAGUUUGUGUCAACACCGUCACCUUCAGGCACAGGCAUUCUAUUUUCGUCGACCAAAUUGCCAUCAGAAGGGGCGCAGCUUGUGAACCCUGUCAUACCUGCCAACCUUACCACAGCACAGAGGGAAUGGUUGUUAGAGACUGAAUGGGCACAGCGGGCCUUCAUGUCCUCGUAUUUGCUCUCUGUCAUCGACAAUCCGAUUACAUUCCAGCCAGUACACACUUUCAACAUUUCAGGACUCUCUGAUCGUUAUCUGCCAAUGCUAAAUCGUUCGGACUUCUGGGACGCACUGCCCAAUCUUCGUAAUGUCACUCUCAUGCUAAUACCAGGCUGGCGAACAGUAGAGAAGGACGAGGCUGGCUUCGUGGACACGCCAAAGACCAAUCCAACCCAAAGCAUCGGUGUGCUUUUCGACCUUCUUCAUGAUCAUAUUAGUUGUCGGUCGAAUAUUCGUCAUUUGAAAGUCGGUUUCGUCACUGGAGGUGAGCAUGCCGAAGGACUUCACGCAAGGAAUAAGUUGUUGUUCCCUGCUCCCGUUGUGGAUCUGCGAGUUCGUGCACAAGCUUCUUCUUUCCACCCUGCAGCGCUGGUUUCAACCGACGCCGCUUGCUUGGAAGAAUGUUUGCUACGACUCCCUCAUGUCGAGCAGCUAGUCUUGCACAACUGUUGGAUUACACCGUCAGCUUUGUUGCAAUUCGUUAAGUUACAUGAUCGCCAUAAGCUGCAGAAUUUGGUACUGGAUUCCGUAUCACUUACGGCUGUGUUGCGCCCACCGAAUGUCAACCCAAAUAAUGUAGCUCAUCAGGCAGCAGCACUUCAGAACAUAAUGCCACCACCUGGAGUGGGCGCAUUGUUGGGUGCUGUUGGUGCUCAUGGUCCGCAACUGAUGCCAAACCAGCCGCAGUUCUUACAUGCUUAUUUCCAGAUGCUCCAGAUGCAAUUUCAGCAUCUACAAACCAACGCAGCUGGCGUCCAACACAACAACAACAUUGCUGCUCUACAAAAUCAAUUGCAGCAGCAAAUUGGACAAAUCCAAAACAAUCAAGGACAUCAGCAUCACCAUCAAGGUCAGGUUCAUGGUCAGGCUCAGGCCCCGACACAACCGCAGGUACAACAACAACAACAGCCUGGGACAUUUGCUCAGCACUUUGCGAAUGUUGCCCAAUUGGCUACUCAGAUCCAUCAAUUGCAGACUCAGAUUGCUACAGGACAGGCUCAGCCUCCACCUGUUGCCGCGCUAGCGACCGGACACACUGCUGGGAAUCCACAGUCGAUACUCAAGGCACAGCCCCGUGAAGGCUCUUGGAUGGACAUUAUUGAUCAGAUUUCACCCGGCACUAAUCUCUCUGACUUUGAGUCAGAUCAUUCCAAAGCCGACAGUGAUCGUAUCACCUCACUGCGAUCGGUCGAGUUCGUUUCUUGUGGCUAUGCAAAGCUCACUCACGCGUCGUUUGAUCAAUCUGACAUCGAUCCUCGUAAUAUUGCAGCCAUGUUGCGCGAUCCAGCAUUCAACAAGCGAGCAAUCGCUCUGUCUCCCGCUAUGCUAAGUAACAAGUGGGCUUACUUGGGAGAGAUUGUGCAGGAGAUUGAGCCUUCCGAGCUUGCUGCGCUCAAUGCGGGUUGGAAUUUGAGUACCGGCUGGGAUGAUACUGAAGCUGCGCAGGCUGUCGAGUUCGAUGGUCUUCUCGCUGGUGGUACAGGGCGUUUCACAGGCACCAUACGGCAAUCGGAUAGAGUUGUCGAUGAAGCUUCUGCGAAUCUCUACGCGCUUUACUCACGGUUUCAAAGGAUUGAACUGUGA